AUGGUAUAUCUUGCGGAAUGCGGGCUUGGCGGCACGGGUAUGGUUAUUGUUGACCGUCAAAGAAGGAAUGAAUUCGAACUUUUGAAGAGGCAGGCAUUUUCAGAACCAGCAUAUAUUUGCGACUCCGCUGUAGACGAACUUACAGCCCGUGAGGAUCUCCAGGAGAUGGCUGAAAGGAUGCGCCAGUCAUUUAAUGACGAUCAACGUGCGGCCUUUGACAGGAUUGUCACCAGUCUAGAGAAUCCCGGUUCGAACUAUAGUAAUUUCUAUAUUCAAGGUCCUGGUGGCAUAGGCAAGACUUUCUUAUACCGUGCGCUAUAUUUGUACUUUGUCGGUCGUGGCAAGACCGUCUUUUGUAUUGCGUCAUCCGGCAUUGCAGCGCUUCUCCUACCUAAUGGUUGUAUAGCACAUUCUCAGUUCCGGAUUCCUCUAGAUACCAAGGAACAUUCAGUUUGCGAUAUCAAAGUGCAGUCCCAGCUAGCCCAACAGCUCCGCCAAGCUAAUCUCAUUGUCUGGGACAAAGUUCCUAUGACAAGCCGCUAUAUCUUUGAGGCAGUGGAUUGUACUCUCCGCGAUGUCACAAAAAGCGAAGACUCCCUCUUUGGUGGCAUCGCAUUCGUGUAGAUCCAACGGGGGUGUAUCACCGCCUUAGUUAUAGCGCAUCCUUUUUGGCCCAGUGGGAUUUGUCGGAUUUGUCGGUUUAUUCCAGGCCAAUCCUGAAGAGUGUUUUACUAGGAUGAAAAGAAAAGAAGUGACUAGCAAGAUUGUAUG